CCACCGCGGUCCCUCCCUCGGUGCAAGCAGGCCGGUUAUCACCGCCAGCGCGCGGCAUCAUGUUGCGAUCUGUUUUCUGUCUGUCAGCCGCAGGGGCCCGAAGUUUGACUCGAACACGACCCUGCUACUCAGCUUCAUUGGCCUCCAGAUGCUAUUCCCAUGGCAAAGGGGAGACGGACGAGGAGUUUGACGCCCGUUGGAUCACUUAUUUCAGCAAGCCUGACAUUGAUGCCUGGGAGCUGAGGAAAGGCAUGAACACCCUGAUUGGGUAUGACCUGGUACCGGAACCCAAGAUACUGGAUUCAGCUCUCAGAGCCUGUCGGAGACUGAACGAUCUGGCGAGCGCCAUCCGUAUUCUUGAGGCCGUCAAAGACAAAGCAGCAUCUCACAAGGACAUCUAUCCCUACCUGAUCCAGGAGCUGAAGCCCACCCUCUCAGAACUUGGUAUCUCAACACCAGAGGAGCUUGGAAUUGACAAAUUGUAGUUAGUCAGGGCCCUUUUCUCAUGAAGAGACAAGUUCUGGUUUUCUCCUGUUAAAAAUGUCAAUACUGUUGAUUCAAAGUUUGCUGUCCUGUUGUGUACAAAAUAAAGGAUAUAUUAAUCAUA